GGAACAUUUAUAGACAAUUGUUGGCCCUGGCUGUCAUGGCGUACCAUAGGCCCCCUGCCUCCAUAUUACACACGUCUGAUGGGGGAACAGGGUGAAGAUAUGAACUAUAUUAAUGCUCUAGAGACAGAUGUGAGCGGUGACGAGCAGUAUAUAAGGGACAUUCCUACAGGGAAAGAUCUGAUCUACAUUAAUGCUACAGACAUAAAGGAGGAAGAAGAGACAGAUGUGAGCAGUGAUAAGCAGUAUAUGGAGGACAGUCCUACAGGGAAAGAUGUGAUUUAUUUUAAUGCUACAGACAUAAAGGAAGAAGAGACAGAUGUGAGCGGUGAUGAGCAGUAUAAGGAGGACAUUCCUACAGGGAAAGAUCUGACCUAUAUUCAUUCUACAGACAUAAAGGAAGAAGAUAAAACUGAUAUGAGGGGUGAUGAGCAGUAUAAGGAGGACAUUCCUAGAGUGAAAGAUCUGAUAUAUAUUAAUGCUACAGUCAUAAAGGAAGAAGAGACAGAUAUGGGCGGUAAAGAGCAGUAUAAGGAGGACAUUCCUACAGGGAAAGAUCUGAACUAUGUUAAUGCUACAGACAUAAAGGAAGAAGAAGAGACAGAUGUGAGCAGUAAUGAGCAGUAUAUGGAGGACAUUUCUACAGGAAAGGAUCUGAACUAUGUUAAUACUACAGACAUAAAGGAGGAAGACGAAGAAGAGACAGAUGUAAGUGGUGAUGAGCAGUAUAAGGAGGAAAUUCCUAUAGCUUACCGCCAAGAUGACUGUACCAGGAGAUCAGAGGAGAAUCUUAUAUCUCCAGAUUAUAAAGCAGAUAAUGAUAUCACACAAGAUACAUAUGAAGAACAUUCCAUUAUCCCAGAUACACCCUCAGCCCUUCACAGCCAAGAUCUCUCAUCUCAUCCUGUUAUACAAGUCCGACCUAAAGAUUCAUCUCAGUCUGUUAAACAAAAUAAGGAAAAGCAAUUUUCAUGUCCGGAAUGUGGGAAAUGUUUUACUCGGAAAUCAUCUCUUGCUGAUCAUCAAAGAAUUCACACAGGAGAGAAGCCAUUUUCAUGUCCAGAAUGUGGGAAAUGUUUUACUGAGAAAGCACAUCUUUUUAGGCAUCAAAGAACUCACACAGGAGAGAAGCCAUUUUCAUGUCCAGAAUGUGGGAAAUGUUUUACUGAGAAAGAACAUCUUGUUAGGCAUCAAAGAACUCACACAGGAGAGAAGCCAUUUUCAUGUCUAGAAUGUGUGAAAUGUUUUUCUGAGAAAUCACAUCUUGUUAAACAUCAAAGAAUUCACACAGGAGAAAAGUCAUUUUCAUGUUCAGAAUGUGGGAGAUGUUUUAGUCACAAAUCAGAUCUUGUUAAACAUCAUAGAACUCACACAGGAGAGAAGCCAUUUUCAUGUGCAGAAUGUGGGAAAUGUUUUACCAAGAAAUCAUCUCUUGCUGAUCAUGAACAAAUUCAUACAGGAGAGAAGCUAUUUUCAUGUGCAGAAUGUGGCAGAUGUUUUAAUCGCAAAUCACUUCUUGUUAAACAUCAAAGAAUUCACACAGGAGAGAGGCCAUUUUUAUGUCCAGAAUGUGGAAAACGUUUUACCGAGAAAUCAGCUCUUGUGAAUCAUCAACAAAUUCACACAGGAGAGAAGCCAUUUUCAUGUGCAGAAUGUGGGAAAUGUUUUAUUCACAAAUCACAUCUUGUUAAACAUCAAAGAAUUCACACAGGAGAGAAGCCAUUUUCAUGUCCAGAAUGUGGGAAAUGUUUUACUCAGAAAUCACAUCUUGUUAAACAUCAAAGAAUUCACACAGGAGAGAAGCCAUUUUCAUGUCCAGAGUGUGGGAGAUGUUUUGCUCACAAAACGAUACUUAUCAGACAUACAAGAAUUCACACAGGAGAGAAGCCUUUUUGAGUAGAAUGUGGUAAAUAUUUUACACAGCAUUCAAGUCUUGUUACACAUCAAAGAACUCACACAGGAGAGAAACCAUUUUCAUGUUCAGAAUGUGGGAAAUGUUUUACUGACAAAUCAUAUCUUAGUCAACAUCAAAGAACUCACACGGGAGAGGCCAUUUUCAUGUUCAGAAGGUGGGAAAUGUUUUACUCUAAAUUAAUAUCUUUUUGAACAUCUAAGAAUUCACACAGGAGAGAAACCAAUAGAGAGCAAUAAAUGAUUUAUACAUAUAUCAUAUACUGCAUCUCCAAACUUGUUCCCAAUUGUUAAUAAAAGUUUUCUUUUAGAACGUAGUCACCGAUCCAGCGAUGUCAUCACUAUAGUUUACAUGGUAGGAAAAGAGUGUGAUAUAUGGUUGUGAUAUUCACUGCUCCUCAUGGAGAAGACCCAACAGGCAUAAUCCAUGGGGAGCUGCUACUGGAGACCCAAACACCUCAGAGAGAAGGGACUUAUUCCAGUGAUGAAGAAUUCCAGGACAUGACCAGAUUAGAGACACAAAAUCACUUCUAUCUUCUGGCUUCUAGGACAUUAUUCUGAUGGAAGAACUUUACACAUUAUAAAAAGUCCUAUAGGUGUUGGGGAACAUUUAUAGACAAUUGUUGGCCCCGGCUGAAAAUCUCCACUUCUGCUGCACUGUGUUUUUUUCAUUGCAAAAACGCUGUGGUCAGAUGUUAGUUGUAAAUAAAUAGGAAAUCGCCCCCCCCCCCCACACACACACACGUACCACCCCUUACCCCUUAAGGACUCAGGGUUUUUCAGUUUUGCACUUUCGUUUUUUCCUUCUUACCUUUUAAAAAUCAUAACCCUUUCAAUUUUCCACCUAAUCGCCAAUUCUACUUUGCAGUGACAUUUGUCAUUUUACCCAAAAAUGCACGGCGAAACGGGAAAAAAAAUCAUUGUGCGACAAAAUCGAAGAAAAAUUAUUGGUAUGAUUUUUGUUUUGAUCUGACUUUUUGACCAAAAAUGCGCUUUUUUUGACUUUGGAAUUUUUGUGCGCCUACGCCAUUGACCGUGCGGUUUAAUUAAUGAUAUAUUUUUAUAGUUCGGACAUUUACGCACGCGGCGAUACCACAUAUGUUUAUUUAUUUAUUUUUUUUACACUUUUUUACACUUUAUAUGCAGAGCACCACCCCUCUCCCUCCCUUUCCCAUAGGUAUAUGCAGAGCACCCCCCUCUCCCUCCCUUUCCCAUAGGUAUAUGCAGAGCACCCCCCUCUCCCUCCCUUUCCCAUAGGUAUAUGCAGAGCACCCCCCCUUCCCUGUAGGUAUAGGCAGGGUUAAAAAAAAAAUUAAAAAAAGGAUGCUCACCCGAUAUCCCAUGCAGCGAUCUCCUCAGCUGCAGGGCCCACGUCUUCUCCCCUCCACAGUACAGGCGCCGAUGAGUGACGUCACCAGCGCCUGUACUGCGUGGGGGCGGAGGUCACGUCUCCUCUGUGUAGCUGCAGAUGCAGCUCACAAAGAGGGGACGCCUUCUCCUGUAUGUGCGUGUAUCGCGCAUACAGGAGAAUGUAGCGCUGUCUGCUGGGGAUCCCAGAUCCUCAGUAGUUGCGGCGGCGGGUCAGUCCGCCCCUGGCACCCCCCUUGAGAGUAGCACCCUUGGUACGCCACUGAACGUAGCACACCACUUGCGAUGAAUACGGAAAUUUGUUUAAUUAAAGCAAUCCAAAAACAAUGUGAUGUUUCGGUCAAUUAUGCCCUUCCUCAGAUCGGAUUGCUGCGGAGGAAUGCAGAGUCAAGGAGCAGCAGCAGUAAAAUAAUGUGUAACAGAUAGGUGGUAAGUGACCGUAGUCGCAUGUGGCUUCAUAUGUAUUUAUUUUGUGGCAAUGUUUUUCUUUUUUUUUACAUGUACCAAACAUGCAAAUGUUCUACAGCCCUGACCAGACAGGUACAAUUCCAUUUUUGUACAGUAUUUUUUAGAGAUAUACCUUUCAUACCUUUUUGGGACAGAUAAUGAAGGAGCAGCAGUUUUUCGUUUUGAAUUUCAAAAGGCCCCCCCUGUGCGAGUUUGGACAAAAUGCUUAUUGUAAUGUAAUCCGAAGGGCAAAUCAAUGAUAUUCCAAAUUUUUAUUUUAUUUUUUUUGUUUAUCUUAUUUUUGUACUGGGCGACCAUUACAUUUAUGUGCAUAUUUUUAAAGCAUUGGGGCACAUGUCUGCUUUGCUUCUCUGAAUUACUGCCUUGUGUUUUAAAUGGGCACUGUCGGAUAUAAAAACUUCUUAUAUGUUGUACAUCUUGGCAAAACAAUCGUUUUUCUAAUAUACUUCUUCACAUAUGAGGUAUUUCCUUAAUCGAGAGAAAUUGGGUUACAUAUUUUGGGGGGCUUUUUUUUUCCUUUUACCCCUUAUAAAAAUUCAAAGACUGGGUCUACAAGAACAUGCCAGUGUAAAAAAUGAAGAUUUAGAAUUUUCUCCUUCACUUUGCUGCUAUUCCUGUGAAACACCUAAAGGAUUAACACACUUACUGAAUGUCCUUUUGAAUACUUUGAGGGGUGCAGUUUUUAUAAUGGGGUAAUUUGUGGGGUAUAUUUAAUAGGAAGGGCCUUCAAAUCCACUUCAAAACUGAACUGGUCCCUGAAAAAUUCUGUUAUUUUUUUAUUUCGUAAAAAAUUUGAUGCUGAAGUUUGAAGCCCUCUGAUGUCUUCCAAAAGUAAAAACAUGUCAACUUUAUGAUGCCAACAUAAAGUAGACAUAUUGUUUGUGAAUCAAUAUAAAGUUUAUUUGGAAUGUCUAUUUUCUUUACAAGCAGAGAGCUUUAAAGUUAG